UGAAAACCCAUUUCAAAGCUCAAACAAAAACUGGAAACCCAUUUGGGAUUUUUUCAUUCAACCCUAAGUCCGAACUCUCCGCUGCCACUCGCCGUAAAUCAGUCACUCACGAGUCACGCCGCCGUCGUGGACAAGUUCUCCGGUGCCAUUCGCUGUCACCGACUCACCGAGCUUCUCCGGUGCCAUUUGCUGUCCUGACUCCUGUCACCGUAAAUCAGAUUCAAAAUUAGAACUGCACCGAGCUCGAAUUCAGGCUCGAGCUCGUUCAAGCUCGUUUAAGCUCGUUUGAUCGAGCUCGAGCUCAAGUACAACUUCAUACUCGCGAGCUCGAGCUCGAACACGCAUAUUGAAGCUUGAUUGAGCUCGAGCUCGCUACUGUUCAUCACGAGCCAAGCUCGAGUACCGAGAUACUCGGCUUGUAUACAUCCCUAAUCUGGUGGUUUCUGGCAAACCUUAACACCGUCUUCACCGUUCACUCGACUUUGGUUUUCAUAUCUGAAGAGAUUAAAACAUCAAAACGAAGCUCCCCUAGCUUCAUUAGAUUCUUACGCAGAUAUACCUUGCUAUAACUCCUGUUUAAGAUUUUGAGCUACUUUUCUUGAAGGCUUUUCUGGUUGAUGGUAAAUAAUGGCAAGAGUUAGAGAUAGAACUGAGGAUUUUAAAGAUGCUGUGCGGCAUACUGCUGUUUCUUUAGGUUAUGAUGAGUCCAAAUUGGCAGCCAUAAUGGCUUCUUUCAUAAUUCAUAAACCUCGGCAAAGAUCAUCUUUUACCAAAGCUGCUCUCAAGACUCUUGAAAGCAUUGGAGCUUUAGAACAGUUUAUGUCGAAGCAUCGAAAAGAUUAUGUGGAUCUGCACCGUACAACUGAACAGGAAAGAGAUAACAUCGAGCAUGAAGUUACUGCUUUUAUUAAAGCCUGCAAAGAGCAAAUUGAUAUUCUAAAAAAUAGCAUAAAUGAUGAUGAAGCAAACUCGAAGGGCUGGCUUGGUCUUAGAGCUGACAACUCCAAUGCUGAUACUAUAGCUCACAAACAUGGAGUGGUUCUGAUUCUAAGUGAGAAACUUCAUUCAGUCACUGCACGGUUCGAUCAGCUCAGAGCCAUCCGUUUCCAAGAUGCUAUCAAUAGAGCGACACCAAGAAGAAAACUUAAACGUGUUGCCGAUUCAAAGGCAGCAGAUACCUCAAGAUCAAACAUUUCAGAGAUCAGGGAGCUUGAUGGACCUCAACCUGAAUCUCUUAGUGUCCAGCAACAAUUAUUGGAUGAUGAAACACGUGCUCUUCAGGUAGAGUUGAGUAGUCUCCUUGAUGCUGUUCAACAAACUGAAACUAAGAUGGUUGAAAUGUCUGCACUGAAUCAUCUCAUGUCAACGCAUGUUCUGCAACAAGCACAACAAAUAGAGCUUCUUUAUGACCAGGCUGUCGAAGCUACAAAGAACGUAGAGCUUGGAAACAAAGAACUAUCUCAAGCUAUCCAGCGUAACAGCAGCAGCAGGACCUUUCUUUUGCUUUUCCUAUUUGUACUUACUUUUUCAAUCCUCUUUCUUGAUUGGUAUGGUUAAAUUUUCUUAUUUCAUCACCCAAAAAAGUUACUUGUAGUUUUGACAGAGUAAAGAGAAAGAAAAUAGAUAAAAA